GUAUAAAGCUAAUUGCCGAUAACAAUAUUUACGUAAAGGUUAAAUUUAUUUUAGAUUGAUCUAGUCAGUUCAAAUUCAGAGAUGGACAAAAUCGGAAUCAAUCUUUAGAUGAUUAAUACUGAAAAAAAAAACUUGAUGACGACUUUGUACUUGAUUCAAUAGCACUAUAAUCUGUGACCUGAUUACAAUCGUCAUCGGAAACCUGAUUACGAUUGAAAUUGUGUAAUCACGUAAUCAUAAUUACUGUAAUAGUAUUAUGAUUAUGGAUAUACCCAUCUGUGGUUCAAAUUGAAUGAUUUGCAUAAGACGUCUAUUAUGCAUUAUUGACUCUUCUAAUGUUUCCCUAACCAAUUGUUGUUUUCAGGAGACUAAAGCUCGCAUUAGUACGCCCGCUUUCGAAGACUUGGAGCAACAGGACAAGCCUUUAUCUGAACCAGUUAAACGCCCUUUAACAAAAGGUGAAAUACAGGAGUCAUUGAGAAGUGCGGUCGACAACAACGACGUGGAAGAGAUCAAGAAAGCAGUGCAGAAAGGAGCCGACAUACACAAGGACAACCCCGAGGUGAGCGGUACGCCACUGCACCUAGCGGCAGAGCGGGGGAGAGUGGAGGCGGCGGCGGCACUGCUGGAGCUGGGAGCGGACAUCGACAGCUUCAGCGCGGCCUGGGCGAGCAGCCCGCUGGGGGCGGCGGCCUGGUGCGACCGCUGCGAGGUGGUGCGCUUUCUCUUGGACCGCGGAGCGGCAGUCGACAUGGCGGACCCCGACGGCCACACCCCCAUGCACUUCGCCGCCAGCAACGGCUGCGUCGAGUGCGUGCGGCUGCUGCGCGACCACGGGGCCGCGGUUCAGGUCGUGGCCGCAGAAGGCUGGACGCCGCUGCACGAGGCGGCUGCGGUCGGUAGUGUGCCCGUGGUGGAGCUGCUCCUCGGCUGGGGCGCCCAGCUCAAUGCCGUCGACUGCUUCGGGCAGACCCCGAUGGACUGCGCUAUCAGCUACAAGAGGGCCGCCGCCAUCGAGUUCUUGAAGGACAAGGGCGGCUUCUGCACGUUGGACAAGAAAAAGGAAUCUGAAUUAGACAAGUCCGAAAAAUGAAAUGUUAAAAUUGAAUAUAUUUUAGUUAUACAUAAAUUUAAUAAAGUCAUACUUUUUUUCAGAAUUAUAUACAUCCACAAAAUAAAUAUCUGUAUGUUGUUUGAUAUUUAUAAUA